AUGAGUUAUAACCGAAAGACAUUUCGUUUUCUGAAGCUUGAAAAAUCGUCAAAUUUUGCCAGACGAAAGAACGACGUCGAAGACAAAAUGUUGGGCACAAAAUUGAAAGUUAUGGAGAAAGAAGAGCGAAUCAUUCGCCAGAAACUGUACGAGAUACGACGAGAAAAAUAUUCACGAUCGUUUUACAAAAGCGAAGACAAGUCAAAGUUUGUAGAUGUUAAUGUUUGCGAGACCAACGAGGGAGAGAAAAACAAGAUAACAGCAUCUGGCGUGGAACGAACCAUAACCGCUUUGAGACGAAAAUCUAUCGCAGUGGAAGAGUUCAACCCAGGACAAGUAGUUCGUGUUUGCGUCUCGUCAAAACUCGAAGACAAAGUCGCUAGAGAUGAGAACCCUUCACUUAGUGCUUUACCAGCGAUUCAGAAGGCGAGGAAGAGAAGACAUUCUGUGGCAAUUGUCACAAAUAUUGCCGAACACAAGGCAGCAGAUCUUUUUACGUUAGGAGAAAAUUAUGUGCAGUCAGUUUCAGAGGCUGAAGAAGGCAUUUCUUUGGACUUUGCCCUGAGAAAGUGUCAGGAGAAAGAUUCAGAGACGACCACUGACCAGUUACUCCAAAGGAAAGUGGACGCAAGUGGCCAAGAAAACGUCAAACUAACAACUUACUUAGAGAAACCUGCUACCUUAGACUUGCAAACUAAAUCUACGGGUUUGUCCAGAAGACGAUAUAGUUGCACUGACAAUGACUUCCACCAUAAUGAAAUAGGAAGGUGUUUUACUGAUUCCCCUUUAAACGUUUCAAAACCAGAGCCUGGAGAAUCUAGCGGUUUGGAAUCCAACUUAUCUGUGCCUGACUCGUCUGAAACGAAAACCACCACCACACACGGUGUCACGAGUCCUGUUCUUCUUCUUCCUCAGCGACCGCACAGUAGUAGAAGUUGUAGCGAUAGCAGUAUUCGUGGACUUCAAAUUGAUUUAAGAAAGUGCAGAACGCCAGUGCUUGGCUCCUCGAGGAAGUAUUUACAAGCGGACAGUCCUAGUGCUUUUCGACUUGAUGCUGAGUCUAAGCCGAAGCGGAAUGCAUUCGAAAACGAAAACACAUCGAAAAGUGUCACGAGUUGCAUGAGGAAAAAUCGGAGUGCUUCUUUAACCACAGGCUUAACUUCGGGCAACGAAGAUUCUACUCUCUCAGAGAAAGAAGAGAAAGUAGCCGAGCAAGUUAUGAUAAGGCAGCUUGAAAUAAAAACUGCAGCUGACAAAAUGAGGAGGCUCUCUUUGCAACACUUCGGUGAUGCAAAGGACUCAUUGAAAGUCCCGCGUCGACAGAGUUCUGGUGUCAUUUCGCCAUACCUGCAACGAGCUGGAUCGGAGAGUUCACAUAACGAUGCGAAUAACAAUAGUGAAGGAAACCAAAGAGAAGGAAUAGUGAGAAGGCACAAAGAUAAUCCACAAUUGCUCGGGAAAACUGCGAAGGAGACUUCUAAAAUCGACAAAGAAAAAGCCUUGAAAGAACAGGUUUUAAGCAAAUUAGCGUGGGACAUAUCUGACUGUAGAUACUUGCGAUGCGGCGGACGGGACGACGCUGUAUAA